AUGAUUCCUACGGCUUAAAAUAGUACUACCUCCAUAUAUGAAAAGUCUUUCAUUGGUUGUUAGAAGUCAACGUAGGCUGCUCAAAUCCAAUAAUUGAUAGUAAAGUUUUAAGCAUUUUCCUUUGUCCACUAAACUUUAUCAGGAAUUUUAUAACUUCACAAUACAGAAGAAAAACUGGAAUAUACUUUGAAUGCACCAGCUUUUGCAAUUAUCAGUGUGGAUAAUAGAGUUUACCCUUUAUUAGGAAUUUUUCUGGGGUAUGGCAUAAGAACUUUACAUGGCAGCACAAACUUGAUCAAUUAAUUAUGGUUCUUUCUAUUGGACUAAUUGGAGUAAACAAACUGUUUGUAUAUGUUCAUAUCCUACUAGUUUACUUAUACUUCAAUCUAUAUAUUGUAAUAGCUGUAAACAAUCUCACAACUACUCAAACAGUACUUCAAGAUCCUGCAACCAUCCUUUCUAAAAAUGGUAAUUUUAUGCUUGGAUUCUUUAACCCUUCGAACACGAAAAAUCGAUAUCUUGGUAUAUGGUACAAUAAUCUUUCAGUUACAAACUAUAUAUGGGUAGCCAACAGAAAUCACCCCAUUGUAGAUAGCUCUGGUGUACUAAGAAUAUCAAAAGAUGGGAAUCUUCAAGUCUUAAGUGGGGAAGUAAAUAUCCUUUGGUCAUCAAACAUUUCAUCACCACAAUCCGAUAAUAAAACUUCUAGAGAUGUCAAGUUAGAAGAUUCCGGAAAUCUUGUUCUUCAAGACCCUGAUGGGACUAUUAUAUGGCAGAGUUUUGAUCACCCAACAUAUUGCCAAAUAUGACCUUAAUAUUUACCAAUUCUAACAUGAAAAAUGCUUUACAAUCUUGGAAAAGCCCUUCAGAUCCUUCUAUUGGGAGAUUUUCAAUAGGUACAGAUUCUUUAAUUCAUCCCCAAGUAAUUAUUUGGGAUGGGGAUAAAAAAUACUGGAGAAGUGGGCCAUGGAAUGGUAAUCUUUUCUUAGGGUUGGUUUAUGCUGAUCCAUCUAAUAAUUAUGCUGAUGCAUCAAUUCAGAAUUUAAGUCCAGAAGAAGCUCAUUUUGUAUAUACUGGGAUAAAAACCCUUGAAUUUUCACACUAUGUGUUUGAUUAUAACGGAAAGAUAAAUGAGAAUUAUUGGGAUAAGUUUGGGAAGGGAUGGAAGACGGUAUAUCGAGCACCUGAUGUUGAAUGUGAUGUUUAUGGUACAUGUGGUGUGUUUGGAAGUUGCAACCCGAAAAAGUCUCCGAUUUGUCGAUGUUUGAAGGGAUUUUCUCCUUUGAAUUCGGAGGAAUGGAGUAAUGGAAAUUGGUCUAGAGGGUGUGUUAGAAAUAACCCUUUAUUAUGUGGAGAUGAGGCAGGUAAAGAUGGAUUUUUAAUGCUAAGUACUGUUAAGUUGCCUGAUUUUGCUAUAUGGUUGAAGGGAGUAAAUCCAUCUGAUUGUAGAAAACAAUGCUUGGAGAAUUGUUCUUGUUUAGGGUAUACUUAUGAUAAUGGUGCAGGUUGUUUGUACUGGAAUACUGAUCUGAUUGAUAUUCAAGAAUUGAAAAUGAGUGGAGUUAGUCUUUACCUACGUCUAUCACAUUUCGAUCUAGUUGGUAACAGGACUAAAAUCAAAGGAAUUAUUGCUGCAGCUAUAAUUUCUAAUGCAGCCUUCAUUGCCUUAUUCAUAUUCUUCCUUAGAAAGUAUCUGAAAUGUCGUAAAGAUAAAGCCAACAAGAAGAUGUUGGAGAAGCAAAGAAUGAGAGAAAAUAGGAGUGGACCUGUUGAGCUUGAGCUAAAAGAGCUACCAUAUUAUGAAUUUCAAGACCUGUUGGUUGCUACAAACAACUUCCAUGAAAAGAAUAAGCUCGGACAUGGUGGUUUUGGGCAAGUGUAUAAGGGAAAAAUGGAAGAUGGCCAAGAAAUCGCUGUAAAAAGACUUUCAACAGCUCAUGGUCAAGGCUCAGAAGAGUUCGUAAAUGAGGUGGUUGUUAUAUCCGGACUUCAGCACAUGAAUCUAGUCCGACUUCUUGGUUUUUGUACUCAAGGAGAAGAAAAAAUUUUGGUGUAUGAGUACAUGGCUAAUAGAAGCUUGGAUGCAUUUCUUUUUGAUCCUACCAAGCAAGAAGUUCUCAAUUGGGAUAAACGCUUCAACAUCAUUGAAGGGAUAUGUCGAGGCCUAGUUUACCUCCAUAGAGAUUCCAGGGUACGAAUUAUUCAUAGGGAUUUGAAAGCAAGCAACAUUUUGCUCGACAAAGACCUCAAUGCAAAGAUCUCUGACUUUGGCAUGGCUAGGAUCUUUGGGCGUUACCAAGAUCAAGAGGAAACUAGGAGGAUAGUUGGCACAUUCGGUUAUAUGGCGCCCGAGUAUACAUUAGAAGGUAACUUCUCCGAAAAGUCUGAUGUCUACAGUUUCGGUGUCCUAAUGUUAGAGAUCGUAACAGGAAAAAGGAACAACGCCUUUUGGUGUGAAGAUCAAUCGUUAACCCUCCUUGGAUACGUGUGGAAUUUCUGGGUAGAUGGCAAUGUAGGUCCGGUGCUUGAUCCUGUAAUUUCUCAUCCGAUUUUCAGAACUGAGAUUGAAAAGUGCAUCCAAAUUGGUUUAUUGUGUGUUCAAGAAUUUGUUCGAGACAGGCCGACCAUGUCGACUGUUGUUACAAUGCUUGGAAGUGACAAUGCAGAUCUUCCUAUCCCUAAAAAGCCUGGUUUCACACAGCGGUUGACAGCUUCUGAUUCUGAUUCUAUCCAAAUGCUACAGAGCUCAUCUUCAAUGAAUCAAAUGUCAUUUACUGGUGUAAUUGCUCGAUAAUUAAGAACGAGCAUAAGUUUCUCGAAUGUUGUUUUUAUGCUCUUUCAAUUUGUGCAUUUCUUAUUUAUGAGAUUUUUAUUUUUAAGGAUUAAACGGAGAUAAAUAUCUCCCUGGUAGUUUUUGGAAGUCAAAGAGUUAGAAUUUUUAACAGCAUGAAGCAAUUUUUUGCUUAAAGAGUGGUGAGUGAAGAGUUUAAGUCCAUAAAGAGCCAAUGUAAGAGUGGUGUAGACCGUAAAAUAAUAAUAUUGUGCAUUAAGACCAUAUAGGACGUAUUCUAUUUUAGCCCAUAAUUGCUUGGAACAAAGGAAGCUUACUUGGUGUUUCGGUGAAGGAACGAGGAAGUGCAAAAGACACUUAAAAUAUCUGGAGAUAGGUGUAAUCGGGUACAACUAUCAAUAUGCUGAAAGUGUUUAUGAUCCUUCUGCUGAUGACACCUCAAAUCCUGCACUACAACGUUAGCCUUGUCCGGGGGUGAUCUCCCGAAAAACCCCUCCGACGCUCAAGUCAGAUCGGGAGACAGAAAAUAAUGAAUAUAUGAUAAUGAAUGAAUACAAGAUUAACGGAUUGUAGGAUGAGUUCAGAUCAAUUGAAGGAAUAUUUGGUUCAGUAUAUAUUGUAUGUAGGAGGGCGAAUAUUUUUGUGGAGUAAUGGUAGGAAUAUAUCAAAGCUUAGUUCGGUGCAAAUGAUGUACGCGACAUGUAUUUAUAAUGGUAGAAUGGAGGUUGGAUGGUGAGUUAAUGUGGGAAUCAUGGGUAUGAUGGGUGAGUGGUAGGUUAUGAUGAGUAGUGGGUAGUUAUUUUAAGAAGUUAUUGAA